AUGAGCAUCGGAGGUGUUUCUAGACCAUAUCCUGAGACAAAAGAUGUAGACGACUUAACUCUUGUUUCACUAAUGAAUGAGAAGCCACCUCGUGAAACAGAAGCUAUAUCCAACGCGAAUCUUCUUCCAAUAUUAGAUUUUCAAGACUUAGGAAUCAACAAGAAGAAAGUAAUGUUACUGAUAAUUGUUAGUACUGCACCAGCAAGAUUUGAUAGAAGGCAGGCGAUUCGCGGCACCUGGUGGAAACACUGCACAGGAGAUAUGGUUAGUGGAUGCCGGAAUGCCAUAAACUUCCGUUUAUACCCCCGAUAGUUUCUUAGUUUGAUUUUUGGUGACGUCAUGUGCAAUCUAAGAAUACGCCCAUCUACCCGUAAACAAAAAAAGGCAUCCGAUAAUAAACCCCCCGAAUAUACUAAAGAGCUCCCCCCGGCAUGCUUCCGCUUAUAACCUCUUAUCCACUAGUUAUACGCCCAUCUACCUGUAAAAAAGAAAAUGCUUCCGAUAAAAAGCCCCCGAACAUACUAAAAAGCCUCCUCCCCCAGCGUGCUUACGCUUAUAACCCCUGAUACACUAGUUAUAUGCCUAUCUACCUGCAUAAACAAGAAAAUGCAUCCGAUAAAAAGCCCCCAGGAUAUACUAAGAGCCCUCCCCCCUUCCCCAGAAAAGCCCCACUGACUCUUUCUCUUCGUCAUUCUCGAAAUGAUAUCGGGGUGUUUUCUCAAACAGGUUAAGUGCGUCUUUAUAACCGAUGGCUUCAUCAAAGACUACUUUCAGCGUACGUUGACAGUUUCUGAGAGAAAUACUUACAAGGACAUGGAAUUACAGGCUUUACAAGGAGGCUGGGAGUUUGGACUUCGUUUUCUUAACCAUAUAAGAUGGGCGAUGGCUAAAUUUGACUUUCAGUAUCUUCUUAGAAUUGACGAUGACUAUUUCCUUUGUUUAAAGAGGCUUCUGGAAGAGAUUUCUUUACGGCCAAAAGACAACCUAGUUUGGGGACUUUUUCACUGCGAAGUUGGCAUCACAUGGAUUGAUGAAUCAUUUCUGUUGUUCUCUAAGAAUAUCAUUCAACAGUUCUUGGCGCAAAACGAAAGCACGAUGCUUUGUCAUCCUCACGCUGACCAACAGAUCGGUAUUUGGCUGCAGGACAUAAAGAUAAAACAGUAUUUUCACGACACACGAUUGUAUCAUCAUCCGCCAGCUUCCUAUGCACCGCAAUUCCAAAACGCCACAAACCUUUGUAGUUCAUAUUUGGGACUACAUGGAACAUACGCAAAUACGAUGUGGGCGUUUGGCAAAAAUGCAAACGAUAGCGCUAAAGACGUGUACGCAAUACCUCCAUUUUCAAGUUUUUGCCAAGCCACGACGUUUGAUUAUGGAAAGAUAUAUCCCCCAUACCAUUUUGAACCUAAACCUUGCAAAGACAAUCCAUCGUGGAACGUGGGAGAUAAAAUGUUUUCUGGUCGUGAACAUCACUAG